CCAAACACCGCCACACUGUGCGUAAACAUGCAUUUCAGCCACGACCCCGCUCCUUACCAGCUUUGCGCAAACAGAGAGCCCAUCUUCGAGAGCGAGGACUCGGGCUCCGUAGACGGGGAGCAGAUGACCGGGGAGCGCUCCCCGAGUUCACGGCCCUCCAGCCCGCUGUCCAUGAACUCGGACUCCAGCUGCACCAGCCCCGAGGCCAAGUCUGCGUCCACGCAGCAGAGGGUGAGGAGGCCCCUGAACGCCUUCAUCAUCUGGACCAAAGAGGAGCGCAGGCGGCUGGCACAGCUGAACCCAGACCUGGAGAACACGGAUCUGAGCAAGAUACUCGGUAAAACAUGGAAGGCCAUGUCCCUGGUUGAGAAGCGUCCGUACAUGCAGGAAGCAGAGCGUCUGAGAGUCCAGCACACCAUCGACUAUCCCAACUACAAGUACAGGCCCCGCAGGAGGAGGCAGCUGAAGAAGAGCUCCAAACCCCAGGGUGCAGAGGUUUCUCACUCAGGCUUCCCCAUGCCGUACAACCUCACCUACCCGCUCCAGAACCAGCAGCAAACCUACCUGAGCACGCCUGCUUUCCCAAACUCCCCGGCCAACUUCACCCCUCUGCGCAGCAGCUACUUAAACACUCCAGUUUUUCCAGACACAGCAGCAGCAGAUGAUUUUUCAAAUAAGCCUGUGGUGUACCCAAACCCUCCUGCGUACCCCGCAGAGCCUCAGGUGUAUUUUGGCAGUCAGCACGGGCACAUGCAGUAUGGUUUCUCCAGCGCUGCAGGUCCUCAUGUGGAUCAGGGGGAGUCCAGCAGGGUUCAGGGGGGCCUGCUGUGCCCCGCAGGGCCCUCCCUGGAGUUUUACCUGGAGCAGGUUCAGCUGGACAUGCUGUAUGAUCUGGACCGCAGCGAGUUUGAACAGUACCUGGGUCCAAGCUCUCACAGGCUGGAGUCAGUGGAUCCCAGCAGCUACCAUCAGCAGAGCAGCCACAGAGAGGGACGCUCAGUGUCAUGA